CAAAAUCCCCCUCCCUACGACACUGUCGUUACCAGUGUUGGCUAACUCUCCAAGACUAGGGGUGUUAUCGGUUUAGGGCAAGUUAUAAAAACAAAGAAAGAUGUCCCUGGCCAGCAGAAUUUUGCAGCAAAGCUCCCGCCUUUGGAGUGGGCUGAGUUCGGCACGAGGUUUCCAUAUGCUCGUGCGGCCGGCGGCGCCUGUCAGCGCCCCCAUACCAAGCACACAACUGAUGACCGGCUCAGCUCCGAUUCAGCAAGGAUCAUUGGGACUCCUGACCCCUUGCUCGACGCUGCUGCAGCAGGUGGCCGGGUUCAAAGUGAAGGGUCGUUUGAAGCGGCGCUGCAAGGACUGCUACAUCGUGGUGCGGCAGGAGCGCGGUUAUGUCAUCUGUCCCACGCAUCCGCGCCACAAGCAGAUGGCGAUGAAAAAGCGCGACUACAAGUCCUGGAUCCUCACACAUGCCACGCAGUCCAAGGAGCGGGGCUUUUAGACCUAUUUACAUAGUUGAAGGCGUGUUAAGAAUAAAAGAAAAAUACAUAAAACAGACUACCACCCAGGUGGCCCCUUUAGGCGUUUUCCAACACA